GUUGCGAGUGGGAGACCUGGGGACCAUGGGGAGAGUGUAGUGAUACCUGUGGUGAGGCUACCAGGAACAGAUACAGAAUUUUGAUGAAUGGCGAUCCAUACACAUGUGGUGAGAAGGUUGACACAGAGGAUUGUCCGAGAAAACCAUGUCCAGCCGAUUGCGUCAUUCGCGGCCAACCGUAUCACAUUGGUGACGUCACUAAAGAAGAAGGCUGUGAGGUCUGUCACUGCACAACAAAGGGAGAACUUUGCGAAAAUGAUACACAUGCCAUUGUUGACGGUAACUGGUCCGAAUGGAGCUCGUGGAGCACGUGCAGUAGAACGUGCGAUGGCGGCGUAACCAAUAGAUACAGGCAAUGUAAUGACCCACUUCCUCAGUGUGGUGGCGCACCAUGCAAGGGACGUAACUCUGACAAUAAACCAUGCAACAGUGAUGUGUCUUGCUGUACAGUUUCCGCCUGGAGUGUAUGGUCUGAAUGUUCUACCACGUGCGGAAGAGGAACCAGGACACGUGCACGUGAAUACGAAAAUGGCGCCAACAGUGACAAUUGUGCCAAGGUCUUACAAGAAACUGAAUCUUGCUUGGAGCACGAGUGUGACAUGAAAUGUAAUGUUACCCAAUGGUCGGACUGGUCGGAUUGCUCCGAGGAUUGCGGUGUUGGCCGAAAGACCAGAACCAGACGCAUUCGUGGACCGGAACUUCCGGAUUGUCCAGACCUCAACGAUUCUGCCUUAUGCUAUAAGAAAGCAUGUCGCUGCGGACCUAAUGAAGAAUAUUCCAACCACACGUUGUGUGAGCACACUUGUGAGAACAGACUUAGUGGAGUACCUGAAAACUGUGAGGAGAAACUCAAGGACGGCUGUGUCUGCGAAGAUGACUACUUCCGUGACGAGAACGGUGAUUGCGUAAAAGUUAACGAGUGUGACAAAUGCUUUGUUGACGGUGAAUAUAAGAAGUCUGGCGAGACCUGGCCAUCCGAGGACAACGAAUGUUCCGUCUGCGAGUGUAUUGCCGGAAGUGUUAAAUGUACGCCUGUUUGUGAAAUACCCGAAUGUGGAGAGGGUGAAGUACUCAGCUACGACGUACCAAACCCAUGUUGCCCAAGAUGUGUUGAACGUACAGAUUCGUGCACAUUGUACAAACGAUCCGACUACCUGGAGGAUCCAAGCCAUUUCUGUCGGUCCGUAUCCAAGAUAGAGUUCACAUAUUGCGAGGGAUCAUGCGGUAACAGUACCUCGGUCCCAAUGCUUCUAGCCAAGACCGACGCCAUGCUUGACAACGAGUGCAGAUGCUGUACGGGUGACGUCAGAAGUUACAAGGAAGUGAACGUGCUCUGUGGUGAAGGUAAAUCUCAGAAAUUGAAGACCAUGUUCGUUCCUGUAAUAGCUGCGUGCAGUUGUCAAGUUUGCCAAGGAGUUGCCAGACCUCAAAAUGGACCGUCCAAAGGAAAAUAGACUAACCACGAAUAAUCAACCAAGAAUAUACCUAAACCCCGAUCGACCUACCAUGGACCGUUAUAACCGACUAUGAUUUUAGCCAAUUUUAUAUAUUAUGACUUACCGAUGCCGACCAAGAAAUGCGAUAAACUUUCUCCUGUAAAUAGUCCCCCUGCAAAGAUGAAAAAAUACAAAAAAUAAUCCCCCAGUGAUAAAAAAAAGACAUUGUACAUAGUUAAACAAAAAAAUGUGUAAAAAAUACAAAUUUAAAGAUGGCAUUAUAAAAUAAAUGAAAAAAAAAUAAUAAAAUAUAAAAAAUAGAAA